AAUAACACCAAUAGGAAAAAAAAUUCUUCUCUUUCUCCUUCUCCCUUCCUUGUGUAAUGCAACUAAUUUCUACCGUGACUUUCUUUAUAAAAAAAAAGGUCUCAUUCUCAAUUUCUCAUCAGUUAGUAAUUGGAAAAACAACAGUGGUGACUCGUCAGAGACAGAGAAAGACUCCUUAGAAGUCUAAAACGCGUCCUGGGGCCUUCUUUUUUCUUCACUUUAUAUUUUUCAAUUCGAUUGAACUUCAAAGCUUUCAGCUUUCUGUUGUUUGAAUACCAUAAAAAAGAACAAAGAACCUUGAUUUUAGAGUAGUUCCAUUGGGUUUUGGUCUCUGUUACAGAAGAGAGGCAGAUCUGUUUCCUUUCUUAGCAAAAAGCUGAUGGGGAGAGUAAAGCUGGUCUCUCGGUUUACUGUUUUGUUCUUGUUGUUGGGUGUCUUCGCUUCUACUUCUAUUUCAGAUGGCUCUUUCAUUUCUACAGGAAGGAAUCUCCUUCAGGCCAAGAAAGCUUGCCCAGUUAACUUUGAGUUUCUGAACUACACAAUUAUCACAAGCCGAUGCAAAGGGCCUCAGUAUCCACCUGCUCAAUGUUGUUCAGCAUUCAAGGAAUUCGCGUGUCCUUAUGCAGAGCAGAUCAAUGACUUGACAACUGAUUGUGCUACAACUAUGUUCAGCUACAUUAAUCUUUAUGGGAGUUAUCCUCCAGGUCUUUUUGCCAGUGAGUGUCGUGAAGGGAAAGAAGGGCUUGCAUGCCCUGCACUAUCGCCAUCAGCAUCAGAAAAUGACAAUGCUAGCGUUAGUCAGCUAACAUGUAAUCCAUCACUGCUGCUAAUGGCCACAGCUGCCUUCCUAAUGUUUUUAUUCAUGUUGUCAUGACAAGCCUGGAAAUGAAUUCCAUUUAUCCCAUUUGUUGAUUUCUAUUUCUUUUUCCCACUUUUAACAUUGUUAACAUUUCAGUCUCUUCAGCUAUGCUUUUCUUUGUACUUUCAUAAAUGUUGUAGAGAUAAUAAAUUUCGAUUGGCAAUACCGGAAAUUUAGUUUAUGUACCUCAUUGGAAUGCUACUCGUAAUAGUUGGGAAGAACUGUGCUUUCACUUGUAAUUUGCAGCUAUCAAUUGAGUUUAUGCUUUACUAUGUGAUCUGAGAUGCAAGCAAUAUAAACUAUGUUGGCAUGUUUUAAGUAUUUAAAGUUUGUUGAUUUAUUAUUCCCAUUCUUUGUAACUUUUUAUGAUCAUAUCAGGUUGAGUUGAGUUUUUAUUCGAAUGGAUUUGGUGUGUUUUUCGAAUUCGGAAUAGAAUUGACAUGAAUGAGUCUACAUGUACAAAUUCAAUUAUAUUUUGUUUGGUUCAAUAACUAUUUAUUCAUCAUAUCCACAUGAAAUGUUCAACUAUUAGAUUUAGAUAUACUAGCUAGAGAUGAAAAACGAAUAAGAAUUGACUUGAAAAUCUUUUAACACAAAUGGAUUGGACAUUAGAGGAAAAUUCAAAAAAUAAAUAAAAAAGAAGUCCCUAACAAGAUUAAGACCCUCCCAAGUCCAGAGCUUUAUAUUUCAAGCUGUUGGCGCUAGGUGUUUUUUCUAUCGAGUGGCAGCCGCAGCCUCAGCCUCUUAAUUGCUCUCAGGCAUCCUCUGCUGCUUCACUAAUGUACGUUCUUCUCUUCUCUGUUCGA